AUGCACAACCAGUCAACACCGCAUAUCCGAACGACCAAGCUACCCCACCCCGAGUAAUACAGCUAACAUUCAACGUCCUAGCAUCUACAUACAACUACGAAAAGUUGUAUCUUCCCUCUCCUUCCACCACCAACCAUUUCCCCUCCCCAAAACCCCUCUCUCUCUCUCUCUCUCUCUCUCUCUCUCUCUCUCAAGGUACAGCAUGGAGGUCUCGUCAUGGGAAGAAAGUGUCACGGCUUCAAUCAACACCAUUUACCUCCUGUUUUCGGCGUAUCUCGUCUUCGUAAUGCAACUUGGCUUUGCCAUGCUCUGUGCUGGCUCAGUCCGAGCCAAGAACGCCAUGAACAUAAUGCUCACCAACGUUGUCGAUGCCGUUGUUGGUAGCAUCUCUUACUACCUCUUCGGUUUCGCUUUUGCCUUUGGUGAAGGCUCCAAUUCCAAUCCUUUCAUCGGUACGAGCUUCUUUGCGCUGUUCAGCAUACCCAACGACACAUACGACUACAGCUUCUUUCUUUACCAAUGGGCUUUCGCCAUAGCCGUCGCAGGUAUUACCAGUGGCUCAAUAGCAGAAAGAACUCAGUUCACUGCCUACCUAAUCUUCUCCUUUUUCCUCACUGGGUUCGUUUACCCAAUCGUUGCUCAUUGGGUUUGGUCUUCGAGUGGUUGGCUUAGCGCCAGUUCCAGUGCGUUGCUAUUUGGGUCCGGUGCUAUCGACUUUGCUGGGAGCGGUGUCGUGCAUUUAGUUGGUGGGAUUGCUGGGCUUUGGGGCUCCUUCAUUGAAGGUCCGAGAGUAGGCCGGUUCGAUGCAUUUGGCAGGCCCGUACAAAUGCGAGGCCAUAAUGCAACCCUAGUUGUACUGGGAACAUUUCUGCUGUGGUUUGGGUGGUUUGGGUUCAAUCCCGGUUCUUUCGAUAAGAUUCUUGUGGCUUAUCCCAAUACAACAGACCAAGGAAAUUGGACUGGAGUGGGCCGGACUGCAGUCACCACUACGUUAGCGGGGUCAACCGCAGGAAUCGUAACCCUAUUCGGCCGACGAUUGCUAAUCGGCCAUUGGGAUGCAUUGGAUGUUUGUAAUGGGGUGCUCGGUGGAUUUGUUGCAAUCACAUCAGGCUGCUCAGUUGUUGAGCCAUGGGCUGCUAUCGUGUGUGGGUUCUUUGCUGCAUGGGUCUUGAUUGGGCUCAAUAUUCUGGCCCUAAAACUGCAGUUUGACGACCCGUUAGAGGCAACCCAGUUGCACGGUGGAUGUGGUGCUUGGGGUGUGAUAUUUACCGGCUUGUUUGCUAAAGAAGAAUUUGUAGUCCAAGCCUACAAUUCCGGUGAGUCCGGCGUGGAGAGGCCCUAUGGUGUCUUGAUGGGUGGAGGAUGGGGCUUGCUUGGAGCCCAAGUGGUUGAGGUUUUGGUGAUUGUGGCCUGGGUUAGUUUGACAAUGGGGCCUCUUUUCUAUGCCUUACACAAGCUUAGGGUUUUGAGAAUCUCUACAGAAGAGGAAGUUGCAGGCCUUGAUAUCUCUAGCCAUGGAGGCUAUGCCUAUGCUCACCAAGAAGAAAACCAACCUCGCUUUUACGCAGAUUACGUACGGAUCCAAAAUGAUCAGUCCUGACCCAAAUGGCAUGAUUCAUCUGUGCUGCAUAUACAUGUGUCUAUUCCAUUCUCAUAUAUUCUAGUGAUUUGGCAUGUGGUCCAUGAAUUAUUAUUUAUUUUUAAUUUAUUGUACAAAAUCAUCUCAGCAAAUAAGGGAUAGUCCACGAGUUCAAAUUC